CUCUUUUCAUCUUUCUAUCUUUCUUGUUUAUCGGAGAAGCUACCCCAUCUUUUCAUGCUUCUGCAAAUAUUAUAUCUACAAAUUAAUGCAGCCACAUUUCAUACAUGACCUGAGAAUUUCCUCAUGGCUUCUCCAUGGGUUCAAGAGCUCCAUAUUCAUCACUUCACCAUUCCUGUAACCAUUGAUAGAAUGUCUUCUGUUAUGCCAUCAAGGCCUAUUCCUGUUAAACCAGGUGACACUUUAUACCUUUCCAAUCUCGAUGACAUGAUUGGAGCUCGUGUUUUCACACCUACAGUGUAUUUUUAUCAGUUACACAGCACUGCCUCUUCCCAAAAACCUGUCACAAAAAUACUACAAUGUGCUCUCGCUGAUGUUUUAGUGCCUUACUACCCUUUAUCAGGCAGGCUUAGAGAGACGAAGAAUGGUAAACUAGAAGUGUUUUUUGGACCGGAGCAAGGAGCACUCAUUGUUGAGGCACGAUCUGAUGUUGCCUUGACUGAAUUAGGAGACCUCACAGCUCCGAACCCGGCUUGGGAGCCUUUGAUCUUCAAGUUUCCCAAUGAAGAACAAUACAAAGUCCUGGAAAUGCCACUGGUCAUUGCUCAGGUGACCCUUUUCCGAUGCGGUGGCUUUAGCCUUGGUUUGAGGCUUUGCCAUUGCAUCUGUGAUGGAAUGGGAGCCAUGCAAUUUCUGGGUGCAUGGGCUGCUACUGCAAGAACAGGGAUGCCGGUUAUAGACCCCGUGCCUUGUUGGGACAGGGAAGUUUUCCGGCCACGUGACCCACCGGUGGUUAAAUUUCCUCACUUGGAGUUUAUGAGAAUUGAAGAGGGCUCCAACCUGACAAUGACACUGUGGCAAACCAAACCGGUUCAGAAGUGUUACAGGAUCAAGCGCGAGUUCCAGAAUCGCGUGAAAGCUCUUGCUCAGCCAUAUGACGCUGCAGGUUGCACAACUUUUGAUGCCAUGGCAGCUCAUAUAUGGAGAUCAUGGGUGAAAGCUCUUGAUGUGAGGCCACUAGAUUACCAGCUUAGGUUAACGUUUUCGGUGAAUGCUCGGCACAAGCUCAGAAACCCAGCACUGAAAGAAGGGUUUUAUGGAAAUGUGGUGUGCGUUGCAUGCACAAAAAGCACUGUGUCUGAGCUUGUGCAUGGAGAGCUAGCUGAGACAACCCUUUUGGUUCGAGAGGCGAGACAGAGUGUGUCCGAGGAAUAUUUGAGAUCUACAGUGGAUUAUGUCGAAGUGGAUAGGCCAAGGCAACUUGAGUUUGGUGGGAAACUAACAAUAACUCAAUGGACAAGGUUUUCAAUAUACAAGUGUGCAGAUUUUGGGUGGGGUAGGCCACUCUAUGCUGGUCCUAUAGAUUUAACACCAACCCCUCAAGUUUGUGUCUUUCUUCCUGAAGGAGAAGCUGAUUGCAGUGAUGCUUCUAUGAUCGUCUGCAUAUGCUUGCCUGAGUCUGCUGCUCAAAAGUUUACACAAGCUUUGUUGCUCCAUUCUGAUUUUUGACAAACCUUUUCCUUAUUCAACUUAUCAUACCUUAUGCUGCCUUUACUUCCUUAAUUAUGCUCUAAAUAA